CGCACCGACCCAGUGCGGAAAACUCGGGGUUGUGAGCCUGGACAGAUUUUUAAGCAAGUAAAUCUGAGGUCCUUGUAGGGCUUAUUCUCUAAGCCUUCUUCAAAGAUUGGGAGGCAAAAGAUUUGGCGUUUCCUAGCGCUAUCGGAGGCUCAGAGUGGUAGUAUUUCCUGGGAGAGCAUGGCGGAAAGUGCAAUGGAGGCUAGAAGGGAGCGCUUUCUUAGACAAAGGCAAGUCCUGUUUCUCUUUGUUUUUUUGGGUGGGUCUCUGGCUGGGUCUGAGUCGAGACGCUACUCUGUAGCUGAGGAAAAAGAGAGGGGCUUUUUAAUAGCCAACUUAGCGAAAGACCUAGGGUUGGGGGCAGGCGAACUGGCCGCGAGGGGGGCCCAAGUUGUGUGUAAAGGGAGCAAGCAGCAUUUUCAGCUCAACCAUCAGACUGGCGAUUUGCUCCUGCAUGAGAAAUUGGACCGGGAGGAGCUAUGCGGCUUCACAGAGCCAUGCAUACUGCAUUUUCAGAUAUUACUGCAAAACCCUUUGCAGUUUAUUACAAAUGAGCUCCAGGUCAUAGAUGUAAAUGACCAUUCUCCAAUAUUCUUUGAAAAUGAAAUGCAGCUCGAACUCCUCGAAAGCACUCCACCAGGAACAGUAAUUCCUUUGGGAAAUGCUGAGGACUUGGAUGUGGGAAGAAACAGUCUCCAAAACUACACUAUCACUCCUAAUUCACAUUUCCACGUUCUCACACGCAGUCGUAGGGAUGGAAGAAAGUACCCAGAACUAGUGUUGGAUAAAGCUUUGGACCGCGAGGAGCAGCCGGAGCUCACUUUGAUGCUCACGGCUCUGGAUGGCGGCUCCCCACACCGGUCUGGGAUCGCCCAGAUCCGCAUCCUGGUCUUAGACAUAAAUGACAACGCCCCAGAAUUUACGCUGUCCGUCUAUGAGGUUCAAAUUCCAGAGAGCACCCCCGUUAACUCUGUUAUUGUCACCGUCUCGGCCUCGGAUUUAGAUACGGGAAAUUUUGGAACAAUAUCAUAUGCGUUUUUUCAUGCUUCUGAAGAAAUUCGCAAAACUUUUAAACUAAAUCAGAUUAUUGGGGAUAUCCAACUAGUCAAAUGUUUGAAUUUUGAGGCGAUUAAUACUUAUGAGGUCGACAUAGAAGCCAAGGAUGGUGGAGGCCUUUCGGGAAAAUCAACAGUGAUAAUUCAAGUGGUUGAUGUGAACGACAACCCACCUGAACUGACCUUGUCCUCAAUUACCAGCCCUAUCCCUGAGAAUUCGCCAGAGACUGUGGUGGCCAUUUUCAGUGUUUCUGAUCUAGACUCUGGAGACAAUGGGAGAAUGAUGUGUUCCAUAGAGAACGAUCUCCCCUUUGUCCUGAAACCAUCUGAAGGGAAUUUUUAUACCCUGGUGUCGAAAGGAGCGUUGGACAGAGAGAGCCAAGCCGAGUACAACAUCACCAUCACUGUCACCGACCUGGGGACACCCAGGCUGAAGAGGCAGCACAGCAUCUCCGUGCAGGUGGCCGACGUCAACGACAACGCCCCGGCCUUCAGCCAAAGCGCCUACACCCUGUGGGUCCGCGAGAACAACAGCCCCGCCCUGCACAUCGGCAGCGUGAGCGCCACCGACCCGGACUCGGGCGCCAACGCGCGGGUCACCUACUCGCUGCUGCCGCCCGGCGACGCGCGCCUGCCGCUGGCCUCGCUGGUGUCCAUCAACGCGGACACCGGGCAGCUGUUCGCGCUGAGGCCCCUGGAUUUCGAGGCGCUGCGCGCCUUCGAGUUCGGCGUGGGCGCGGCCGACGGCGGCUCGCCGGCGCUGAGCAGCCGGGCGCUGGUGCGCGUGCAGGUGCUGGACGCCAACGACAACGCGCCCGUCGUGCUGUACCCGCCGCAGAACGGCUCUGCGCCCUGCACCGAGCUGGUGCCGCGCGCGGCCGACGCGGGCUACCUGGUGAGCAAGGUGGUGGCGGUGGACGGCGACUCGGGCCAGAACGCCUGGCUGUCGUACCAGCUGCUCAGGGCCACGGAGCCCGGGCUGUUCGGCGUGUGGGCGCCCAGCGGCGAGGUGCGCACGGCCCGGCUGCUGAGCGAGCGCGACGCGCCCAGGCACAGGCUGGCGGUGCUGGUGCGCGACCACGGCGAGCCGCCGCUGUCGGCCACCGUCACGCUGCACGUGCUGCUGGUGGACGGCUUCUCGCAGCCCCACCUGCCGCGGGCCGAGGCGGCGGCCGAGCAGGCGCGGGCCGAGCCGCUCACCGUGUCCUUGGUGGUGGCCCUGGCGGCGGUGUCGUCGCUCUUCCUGCUGUCGGUGCUGGGCGUCGUGGCGGCGCGGCUGUGCGCGAGGGCCCGGGCCGCGUCCGCGGGUGGCUGCUCGGGGCCCGGGGGCAGCUUUGCGGGCCACGUGGUGGACGUGAGCGGCGGCGGGACGCUGUGCCAGGCCUACCGCUAUGAGGUGUGCCUGUCGGGAGGCUCGGAGACCGGCGAGUUCAAGUUCCUCAAACCGAUUCUGCCCAACUUCCUCGCUCAGGGCGAGGAGAGGGGUUAGUGAGGCAAACCCGUUUCAGGGAUAGCUUUGAAUUCCGUUACGUUUUAAUAAGAGGCUACUGAGCCUAGUCUCAAUUAAACUGUGGAAAUGUUUUUUUUUCUUAACUGCCUUGCCCAUUGGGGUUUAUUUACUGCCUUGCACUGUCGAAAUAUAUCUAUCUUCAUUCCAAUUCAGUGCAUGUAGUUGGUGUUCCUGAAUGUUUUGCUCUGUGGUAAAUGUUUGCAUUGUUAUUGUUGGUUACUCUUAGUUUAACUUAAUUCAAAUUCUAAAGUGUGAAAGUAAGUUUUGUAUUUUCAGAAGUCUUGAAGUUAUAGCAACUUUUUCCAAACUCACCUUCCACAAUUUCUAGGUAAUUUUGCAGUUCAACAUUUUUAAAUGUUUGCUGUCACUACACGGGGUUAUUUUUUGAGCCAAGAAUAUUUGUGUUUGUAUAUUCUCUUAGGCUACUGUAACUUUUAUCCUGUGGAUUCACAUUGGCUAAAACCAUUAACAUAGGUGUAGUCAUGAAUAACAAAGCACCCUCUCACAUUUUUCUAAAUAUAUACUUCUUUAAAGUGUCCAUACAUGAUGAUUCUUUAGGGAUUGUGAGAACCUUGACUAUUGGAUUCCACAAACAACUCAUGCUAAAAGUGCUCAAUAAAUCAACCACUAAUAUUCUAAAGUGUAGUUCAAUAGCCCAUGUCCAGUCAUUUUCAAAGACAUGCUAAUUCUUCAUGCUAUCUCAAAAAAAUUUCACCUCGACUUAAUGCCCUUUUUAAAAAAUCAGUUUUAAUUAUUAAAAUCAUCUAUUAACUUUUAGCUAAAAUCCAGGGAUUUAAGGGAAUUAAAUCCCUUGUCCUUGACCAUAUUUUAGAAACUUCAAAUGUUGUUUGGUAUUGCAUCUUUCCAAAUUUUCUGGAGCAUUUAUGAUUCAAUCGGAAAUAAGCCUGUGGAAAAGAGAUUUAUUUUGCACUCCCCGUUCUUUUUUUUUUUCCCCACUGACUUCUGGUUUUCCCCUUUCAGUUUCCUAGACUUUUCAAUACUUUUUUCUUUUUAGAUUAAGCUAUGUUUCUUAAUAGCUCCCCAUUUAUUGCAUGAUUAGCACAAUGACUGGAAAAUUGUAGGUUCCUAAUAAAAUUUUUGAAUGAUUGACUG